AUGCGGCUCAAAUUCGAUUUCCAUGAUGAAUGAGUCCUUAUAAACAAGCCAACUUACUUGAUAUUGUCAUUUCAAGGCAUAGAUGCUAUAGUCAGACUUCCUAAAAGUUUGGAUUUUGAAGAAAUCGGUGCUCUCUGUUUGAGUUGUGUCUUAUACAGUUCAUGGGUCUUCUGGGCAUUAUACAACAUACACAAAAGAAAAUUACUCAUCAAUACAUUAUAA